UAGCUGACCAUUAUGUUGCCUGUCAAGCAGUGCGCAACUUCCCUUUUAUCAAAAUGUGUGUAUAACUGACAACUGAGGUUACGCGUCAGAGACGAGUUCAGCUCGACUGUAUGGGUGUAAGCGGUCUUCACCACUCCCUGCAGACAGAGACUCACAGCCAUGGAGCCAACAACAAUCAGAGAAGGGUACUUAGUGAAGAAGGGGACGGUGCUCAACUCGUGGAAGGUGGUGUGGGUGGUGUUAGCAGACGAUGCCAUUGAGUUUUACAAGAAGAAGACAGACAACAGUCCGAAGGGAAUGAUCCCUCUGAAGGGUUCGACUCUGACCAGCCCGUGCCAGGAUUUCACUAAAAGAACGCUGGUGUUUAAGGUUAGUACGGCUAAGAACCAGGAUCAUUUCUUCCAAGCGACUCACCUGGAGGAGAGGGAAUUCUGGGUUAAAGAUAUCAAGAGAGCCAUCACUUGUUUACAGGGCGGCAAGAAGUUUGCCAGGAAGUCCACUCGCCGAUCCAUUCGUUUACCGGAGAAUGUUAACCUGAGUGAAUUGUAUGUUUUAAUGAAAGAUCAAGACAAAGGGGUGAAGGAGCUGAAGGUGGAGAAGGAUAAAAGGCUGUUCAAUCACUGUUUCACAGGUAACACAGUGAUCGACUGGCUGAUUUCUGAGGACAAGGCCAGAAACAGACCCGAGGGACUGAUGCUGGCCACCGGACUGCUGAACGAGGGAUUCCUGCUGCCCGCCGGAGACGUAUCCAAAGACGGUUUUGAAAAAGGAGCAGAGUGUGUUUUCCUGGACCAAAUCGAGGCUCUUUAUUACUUUGCAGAUAGUGGUUUCUUUUGUGAGGGUUACUCCAGCGAUGAGGACGUGAUCAUGAAGGAAGAGUUCAGAGGGGCCAUCGUCAAACAGGGCUGUUUGCUGAAACAGGGUCACAGGCGGAAGAACUGGAAAGUCAGAAAGUUUAUUCUGAGAGACGAUCCUGCUUAUAUCCAUUACUAUGAUCCCACCAAAGGUGAGGACGAUCCUCUCGGCUCCAUUCACCUGCGUGGUUCAGUCGUGACGGCGGUGGAAUACGUGCCUGAUGCCAAGAGACAAGAGGUGGAUGGCAAUCUCUUUGAGAUCAUCACGUCAGAUGAGAUACACUACUACCUGCAGGCCGCGACCGCCAACGAGCGCAAGGACUGGAUCAAAGCCAUUCAGAGCGUCUCAAAGACAGGAAAAUAACCGUAUCGGAUCCAUGCCGUGGUCUGGGGGAUCCGUGCGAGGUUGCGUUUUGUCUCCUCUUCAGCGUUUUCUAAAAAUAAAAAUCCCAGUUUGCUGUUUCUUCUCCUUCUGCAUUUGCACAAAACAGGAGGCUUUGCAACGGUCACGUGACGCAAUUUCUCAAGUAAAAACGAAGUUAGAAACAGGAUGUGGGUGAAAUGUGUUGUUUCACCAGAAAGUGAUAGUACACGGCGUUGGUCUGGCUGUCCAGAACUGUCAACUCACUGGAGAGGUCUUCAGUGUUCGUGUCAAUUAGUAACACUUCCCAUUUCUUUUCUUACGUCCGGUCUGAUGGUGAGGCGGCGUCUCUAAAUAUCACAGCUCUACUCAUGCUCACUAUUCUUAAAUAUAGGUAGUAACUGAUUACAUGAUGAUAUCCCAAAAAUAAAGUAGUUUAAAAUACUUAGAUUUAGACUAAAGUUACUUUUUAUGGAAUGCAUUGUUGUAGGCUUAUUUUCAUGAUAGCAAAAAAAAAAAUAUCAUUUAUUAAUUCUGUCCAAUUAAUCUUUUACAUUUUUUAUACAGUAGCCUACUGCUCAUAUUUGCCCACAAAGUCUUCAAUUUUGUGCAAGAGACAGCAUUCGACCACUGGAUUUACGAAAUAUUUUAUUAAUAAAGUUUCUCAUGGUUCUCUGAAGAUGGUUAUGGUCACAAGACAUGCAGGUAAAUCGAUUAAAUAUUUCAUUAUUUAUCAUA